CUGCAGGGUUUUGUGAAGGAUGUUCAUGAAGACUCGGUCACGAUAUCCUUCGAAAACAACUGGCAGCCUGAGCGGCAGAUCCCCUUCGGCGACGUGCGGCUGCCCCCGCCGGCAGACUACAGCAAGGAGAUCCUGGAAGGGGAUGAGGUGGAGGUCUACUCGCGAGCCAAUGAGCACGAGCCCUGCGGCUGGUGGCUGGCCAGGGUGCGCAUGAUGAAGGGCGACUUCUACGUCAUCGAGUACGCCGCCUGCGACGCCAUCUACAACGAAAUCGUCACGCUGGAGCGGCUGCGGCCCGUGAACCCCAGCAGCGUGGCCACCAAGUGCAGCUUCUUCAAGUUCACCAUCGCGGUGCCCGAGGACCUCAAGGAGGCCUGCUCCAAUGAGAACGUGCACAAAGAGUUCAAGAAGGCCGUCGGGGCGAACUGCAUCUUCCUCGGCUCCACGAGCAGCGAGCUCGUCAUCCUCUCCACCAACGAAUCCACCGUCAAGAGGGCGUCUCUGCUGGGCGACAUGCACCUGCGCAGCAUCCGGACCAAGCUGAUGCUGAUGUCUCGGAACGAGGAAGCCAACAAGCACCUGGAGACGAGCAAGCAGCUGGCCUCGGCCUUCCAGGAGGAGUUCACCGUGCGCGAAGACCUGAUGGGCCUGGCCAUCGGCACCCACGGGGCCAACAUCCAGCAGGCGCGCAAGGUGCUGGGCGUCACCGCCAUUGAGCUGGACGAGGAGACCUGCACUUUCCGCAUCUAUGGGGAGACGCCAGAAGCCUGUAAGCAGGCCAGGAGCUUCCUGGAAUUCUCCGAAGACUCCGUCCAAGUCCCCCGGAACUUGGUUGGGAAGGUGAUCGGCAAGAACGGCAAGGUCAUCCAGGAGAUCGUGGACAAGUCUGGCGUGGUCCGGGUGCGUGUGGAGGGCGACAAUGACAAGAAGAACCCACGGGAGGAGGGGAUGGUCCCUUUCAUCUUCGUGGGAACGCGGGAGAACAUCAGCAACGCGCAGGCGCUCCUGGAGUACCACCUGUCCUACCUUCAGGAGGUGGAGCAGCUGCGCCUGGAGCGGCUGCAGAUCGACGAGCAGCUGCGCCAGAUCGGCCUGGGCUUCCGCCCGCUGUCCAGCCGGGGCGACAAGGAGCGGGGCGGCUACGCCACCGACGAGAGCACCUCCUCCUCCCUGCACGGCACACGGACCUACGGGGGCAGCUACGGGGGCCGCGGCCGCGGGCGCAGGGGGCCCAACUCUGGCUACGCUACCAACUCCGACAUGUCCAACGCCUCAGAGACGGAGUCGGAGAAGAGGGACGAGUACGAGUGCCCGCCGGCCAGCGACCGCGACCCGCGCCUGGAGGACAGCCGCCGGCGGGCAGGGGUGGGCCGCGGGCGGGGGCCGGCCCCGGGGCCUCGCGGGAGCGGCAGCAAGUACAGCAGCUCCUCCAUUAGCUCAGUACUGAAAGAUCCGGACAGCAACCCCUACAGCCUGCUGGACAACACCGAGACGGACCAGACCGCCGACACGGACGCCAGCGAGUCACAGCCGGUCAGCAACCGCCGGCGCCGGUCCCGCCGGCGUCGCACGGAUGAGGACGCCACCAUGAUGGACGGGGCCCUGGAGUCCGACAGCACCUCAGUCAACGAGAACGGAGUCGAAGAAGAGUCGAAACCUCAGCGGCGCAACCGCAGCAGGCGCCGGCGCAACCGCGGCAACCGUGUGGACGGCUCCAUCAGCCGGGACCGCCAGCCAGUCACCGUAGCCGAUUACAUUUCCCGGGCCGAGUCGCAGAGCCGUCAGGGGCCUCCACGCAAGGAGAGCCGGGAGAAGUCGGCGGAAGACAGCACGCCCCGGCAGAAGGGGGAGGCCGACAGCACGCUGGUCAACGGCCCCUCGGAGAACGGAGAGCACGCUGCUGCCGCCGCCGGCGGGGAGGAGGAGGCGGCGGCGGCAGUGGGGGCCGCCCUGGUGAACGGGGUGUCCUAAGCCCCCCGAGUCGCAGCCGGCCAAACCCUCCUCCGAACCAAGUGGAACGGCCCCUACUUUUCACCUGCUUGCAACAUCUUAAGAGAAACAAAAUAAACACCACACCAGUCUCUUGUUUAAGAACAAAACCAUUAUUUUAAAAAGCAAAACGAAUCAACCCAAUCCCAAGGUAAUUAUCUAGUGCUCGUUAAAAGCUUGCCAAAGAUGGGAAACUCUUUACCACGGCUCUUAACACAUCCAGGUUAAGCUUCAGCAAUGGCAGCCGGGCGGGGCAGUGGCGCCCCUCCUUUUUCUGCCCUCUUGUUAUGUCCGAGGGGGGCUCUGAUGCUACCUGAGCGCACCGCCCCCCCUUCCGAGAGGCGCAAACCGUGUCGGGGGAGACUAUGACUUUCAUGCAUCUGUUUUUGGUGACUUAAACUUUUUUCUUUUGAAACAAACGUGAGGAAAAAAUAACCGGCUAUUCAAACUGGGGAAAGGAGAGGGAGAGAGAAACCUGUGCCUUCUGAUGACGCAGACACACACUCACAACAAACACACACGCACGCACCCACCCACCCACCCACCCACUAGUGCAGAGUGCUCUUGUUUUUUCCUUUAUUCUUCGACCAGCUCCGAAUCGAAGGCAAGGAUCCGGGACGUCCGAGCGAGUGGGGCAGGGGCGCGUCCCGCCCAGCGCAGGGGGCCGCGGGGCUGUCCGAGGAGCCCCCUCCACCCGGCCCGGACGGCCCGGCCCCUGCUGGCGGGACGCGGCUCGGAGGCGGGCGAGGGAGGCCGGGAGGCCGCGCCAGGGAGAGGCAGAGCGUGUCCCUCCUCCUCCUGUUCCCUUUAUUAAAACACUGUGGAAGACAAAAAGAGACGACGGGCUUAGAGCGGAGCUGACGCCACAGACCUGCUCCUGGCGUGCCUGCCUCAAGUUUGUGUGUUUGUGCGUGGGGAAAGGGGGGCUUUGAUCUGUGACGGUUGAGACUAUUUAUUUUUCACUGUACAGUAUUUAAAAAGAGAAUAAAAAACCCAACUCUUGAAAAAAAAACCAGCA